AUGGGCAAAAUCAAGUGUACCUACGAGGACUGCUUCAGGCACUUUGACGACCAGCAGUCAAUGAUUCGCCACAAGGUCAAAGACCCCGCUCACUCUUACUGCAAGAUCUGCGAUGUCGACUGUGCCGACGACAUGUACUUCUUCAUCCACCAGUUGGCAAGUCCAAACCACAUCUGCUGCCCAAUCUGCGCUCUUGAAUUCAAAAGCGCCUCUGCUCGAGAUACUCAUGUGUCCUCCCAACACAAGGCCAGUUCCAAUAUCGAGUGCGCAGGUUGUCAGGAGAAGUUCACCUCAGGCCACGCCUUAAUGCGCCACAUCGAGCAAGAUGAGUGUCAAGUGAUUUCAAUCCAGGACUUUCAAAUGCAGCGCGCCGAGCGCCAGGUCCAAAAAGACGCCUGGGAAACAGAGACCGAGCCGUUCGGCAUCAACCGGUCAGCACGACACCAUAGGUCUACCACCAAGACGAACGCGAUGCAGGAUCUUCUCGACGCAGACCCAACCAAUAUACGACGCCAUACCCAGGGCAACUUGUCACAUGGUCCUGGUUCCAUUACCUCGCAAACACAUUACCCACCUCUCACGCAGCCUCAAGUUGCUGGAGCCGUCGGCCCCGCUGGUCAAUUAUCUCAGCCGCCCAACGUUAACACGAAACCGUCAAGCAACCUCAUUGACCUGAACGGAACCGAGAGAGCCAUGUCAAAUCUGAACCUCAACCAACCGACCUGGGCCUUUGACCGACCUUCCGCUCCCCCACCACCACAGCAAUAUGUCAACGACCCGCGGAUCAAGAACUGGGUCACCUCGGUGCAAACCGCCGCGGCGACCCCUCCGGCCGACAACGCCAGCGAAGUUGCCUCCAUGUACGACAAGCCCGCGGCGUCCGACCUGGCCUCCAGCGUCGUACCGCCCAGCACGCAAGCCCUCCCCAACACCGACGCCCCCCACCAGCACGUUAUCAGAAUGCCCGCCCACACCGUCGUCAGCACGAACGCGCCGCUCGACAUCGAGAAGUACUGGGAUCCGAUCCGCCAGAUCUACGGCUGUCCGACCAUCAAAUGCAGACGCGAGUUCCGCACGGCCGACCAGUUCCGCAGGCACCUCCUCUCGAGCGCGCACAUCGGCGGCCAAGUCACCUGCCCGUCGUGUUUGAAGAGGUUCGCCACCACGGCCGCGUGGGUGGCGCACACGGAGAGCGCGAGCAAGAAGUGCAACAUCCGCACGAGCUUCAGUUAUAACCAUGUGAUGCGGGAGAUUACGGGCGGAGUGCUCGGCACGCAGGGCUUCAAUGACGACGGGAGUGUCAAGUUUGUGGCGCCGAAGAUCGACCAAUGGAAUGAGGAUGGGUGGUAG